AUGUCACUUGCGGCUAGAUCUCCCAAGUUACGCAAGUCCUUUUCGUUGAUGGAACAAGACCUCAAUGUCGAUCAAAUGACCCUACCGAUCACUAACAAGGACUUCAAGGCGAAGAAGAGGGGUGCUGUCAGCUUUGGAGGGGAAGGCUUGGGUACAGCAGGAUUUCAAGUAGGGAAAGCGGGCGGAGGAAUGAGUCCUAGAAGGAAGUCUGGAAAACUUCUACAACCGAGAAAGUCCAUCCUGAAAUCUUUUCCAUCUCGAAAUGACGAUACUGAAGAUACACAACAAUACGCUCAUACUAUCGCAUUUUCCUCCUCGCAAGCCUUCUCCAGGAGAGUUAGCUUUGCUCCUAAUGCCCAUGUCAGGAUGUUCGAGAAAAGUCCUUUGAUCAUGUCCCCUGAUGGCACUCCAGCACCAACUAUCAGCUUUGCUUUACCAGGCCCCUCUUCCACUUCUUCUAGUACCACACCCCGAGGAUCGUUAUCUUCCCACAGUCGAAGGUCUUCUAUCCAGAAUCUCGGCUCCAUUUCCAAACCUAAUAUAUUCACUCCAUCCGUAUUUCGAGGAGAAGGCGAGACACAGGGAGAGGAAUCCAUGGAGUUGGAGGAUGAGUCUAAUUCUGAGUCUGAUGACGAUGGUGCUGUAGAAAUGGGGGCUAUCCGUCAGCCUAAUGCAGAGGGAGCACAAUACCCCCAUGGCGAUGCUGCUUCCGAUGGAGAUGAAGAGGAUGCGGAAGAAGAUGAAAUGGACAUGGACAUAACGCAAAACGUGUUUGGAGGAAUAGUCAGACGAGCUUCAAUGGCUGCCAAUACAACUGUUGAUUCGGAUGUCACUGAAGAAGCGGAUAUCUCGACUCGCUCAGCAGACGAAGAGAAGACUAUGGACUUCACAAUCGCUGUAGGCGGACUUCUACCUCCCAUAGCCCCAGAAGGGGCAAUGUCAAACCGAAACUCGAUUGGAUAUUCAUUCCCAAUUCCGCGAGGAUCCGAAGGAAGAAACCUCAGACCAGGAGAAGCGGUCGAAGGAGAAGUCGAAGUGGAAAUGGAAGAGACUGUCGCUUUUGGAGGUAUCAUUGGACCUGAUGAUACGCUCAGCUCAGCAGGUGAAGAUACCAUGAACAGCAAUCAGAGGGAGAAAACCAUGACUUUUACUUUCAACCACUCAAUCCAUCCUCCUCAAGAACAAGAAGAUGCAGAUGAUGAUGGAAUGGAGAUGACUGUGGCACAGGGAGGCAUUAUCUCCUUCCCUCCUGUAUCUCCGGGGUAUCCUACCACUUCUCCAGGUCGAUCAUACUCCCAUCCCGCUGUUUCCCCCGGUCGAGCUCUACCCACAAAUACUCGACCAAUCUCUGGCACACCAUCUUUUGCUAGACCCACAGUCUCAUCUGUGCAGAAGUCUCGUGAACGCGAAACUGCCAGUAAAAAACGGAAUGUCUUCGCUCCCUCUCCUAGUCCAACGAAGUCAACCUCUCCUAGAAAGGGUGGCAUGGAAGUCGCUGAAGAGGUUGCUAAACGGCUCAGUUUCGGUUCCGCCACUUCUAGCGGCAGUAAGAAACGAGCAAGAGAUGAUCAAGCUGAAGACGAAGAUGAAGUUUCCGGUGAUGGUAAUAAGAAAUCUAAAGUGAACCCAACAACCGACGCAGAAUCGGAAGAAAUUUUUGGAGGUACUCCCGUUUCCCAGCCUGUUCCGCGAGCUUCUCUUGGUAUCACGCGCCUGUCUUUGGGUGCUCCUAGAGCUUCUCUAGGUACUCCUAUGCGUAUUGCACGAAGUCCCGCUAGCAGAAAAAGUCUGGUUCGAGUAGCUGAUCCUGAGAUGGAGGAGGCACCUCAGGUAGAGGAAGAUGAGGAGGAAGCAGAACCUGAGUGGGAACAACCUCAAAUACUCUCGUUGGCUUCUUUCCUUGAGAUGACAGGAGUGCAAUUCAUGGAAGGGCUUCCCGGCCUGAACAGAAGACGAAGCAGUGUUGCUAAGGGCAUUUUGGGCCAAUCGUAUUCCGGUGGUGAUCGAGAGUUUGCUUUGCACGAAUACGCAGAAGCUCAAGUCAAUUCCAUCUUCCUGAACAUGUUCUCUUGGGCCGCCAACAAACUCCGCGAAGAUAUCCGAACUGGUCACGCUGAACUCGAAGCCUUUGAAGCAAGAUGUGAUGAAGAUUCUCCCCCCGUCAUUCAGGAAUAUCUCGCUGCCACAGACGAGGAUAAGCAAUUAUUCGAGUUGACUUUCAAGUCAUUCAAGACAAAUACCCAUCUCAAAGCUAAAGAGAUGUGGUAUGAUUGGAAAUUACAGCUCAUGCAAACUAUCAAGCCUGAUGUCGAGAGCGCGUUGGAGGGUAUGCGACAGGACAACGAUCGAUUGACUGCUCUCAGUGAGCAUGCUGGCGUGGUACUUCCUGAUCUGAAAGCCAGACAAGCUGCUCUAAAAGCUGAAUUAGAAAGAGAAAGGGGAAUAGUAGCUGAGAUCGCUGCGUGUGAUCAGCAAGAGUUGGCUUCUUUGAAAGAAGGUAUUGCCGAACAAGGUGCUCAAAUUACCUCGUUCAAUGCCGAACUAGAAGAAUCAGCUGCCAAACUCUCUGCCCUGAGCACCAAACUGGAAGAAUUGAAUAGUACUAAAAAGGACUGUACAAACGCGAUCCAGCAUGCCAAAUCCCAAUGUGAUCAAUUCACUCGAUCUGAUGCUAUUCGACUACAAGAGGAGUACAAUUCUAUUCAACAUCUUCAUCUAUGGCGACCGACAAAAAUUCAUCACGAUCUACUUGAAUUACAAUUUGACAGUGAAAUCUCACUUACAUUCACAUGUAGAGAUCAUAUAGCCAACCUCUCUUCCGCUCAAGUGAACUAUCUAAAUGAGGAAGUGAAACAAAGGAAAUCGGGUCCUAUAGCAAGGAGUCAAACUCCAACUCGAGGUCUAUUCGAGAUGUUACAAAUAGCUACUAGAGAAAUGGUCAAAGCCAAAACUUAUACGACAUUAUCAACUUUCGUUCAGAGGAUAGGUCAAUUAUGGUCAACUUCACAGAGACUUAGAGCAGAAUUACAUUAUGUUAAUUUCAGACACCCAAUCUCGUAUUCACUUUCACCUGAAUCGAAUUCGUUGAUAGCAAGUAUAACGAUGAUGCUACCGAAUAUAAAAUCGAAAAUUAUAGUACAAGUUUCAAUCUCACAAGAGACGAUAUGGGGAUAUCCCGACAAUCUGAGUGGCACUGAUAUUUUAGUUAAGAGCGUUUAUGGUAAAGCUGAUAUCGAGCUACUCAACGCUGCAGCAAGACAAACAAUGGCAUCUUCUACUCCUCAAGGAUGUCUAGGUGCUUUCUUACAAGUCUGCGUAGAUGUAGCUGGUCAAUAUAUCAAGUGA